GGAUGAGGAGCAGCAUUUGCCUUCAGACACUUAGGAGGUUUGUGGAGGUUCAGAUUCUCUGCAGCUCAGACUGACUGCUGUUUGAAUCAUCGACUCUGAUCUUCCUCCUCUCAGACAGGAGGAGGAGGAAGAGGAGGAGGAGGCGGAGGAGGAAGAACUGCUGCUGUUGCUGCUGCUCUUCAGUUCCAGAUUCAACCACGAGAAGAAACAAACCAGGAGUCAAAAAGAAGCACUUGUCAUCUGCUUCAUGUUGGACGGUGAAGUCUGCACAGAGGAAGACAAGAUUGUUAUAAGAAGAUGAAAACAGGAAGCUGACGAGACAGAAAAGCUUCUGUUGGGAAUGGAAAGAGUCUGGAAGCUGAAGCUGGUGGUUUAAUUAACAACAGCAGCUUUAUGACAAAAAGAUGAGCUAACAGCUGCCAUUUUGAGUUUGGAAGCACAAACACAAGUUUAGAAGCAGCAGUUUUUAAAAGAAAAUAAACUUUUGAGGCUUAGCAGGUUUAUUCAAUAAAAGAAAAUGUUUGGAAACAGCUUGAGCUUGUUAAUAGACAAAUGACUGAAAUUUGGAAACUGCUGAUAUUUAAUAAAAAAAGAAGUUUGGAAAACAGGAAAUAAAGUAGAAGCAGAAGCACCCUCUGUUUUUAAAGUAAAAUAUUAUGAAGUUUGCAAACAAUCUUUGUAUCCUGAAUGUAGGCGGUCGGCGGUUUUCCUUCUCAACGGAGCUGAUGAAGAGGCUCCCUCUCAGCAGACUCAGUCGGCUGCAUCGCUGUGUUUCAGAGAGUGAGCUGCUGGAGCUCUGCGACGACUAUGACCGCGACAGAAACGAGUUUUUCUUUGACCGGCACUCGGAGGCAUUCAGCUUCAUCAUGCUCUAUGUGCAGCAUGGGAAGCUGCGCUUUGUGCCACACAUGUGUGAGCUGUCUUUCUAUAACGAGAUGCUGUACUGGGGCCUGGAGAGCGCUGACCUGCAGCCGUGCUGCCAGCGACGCCUUGAUGACCGCAUGUCUGACUGCUUCGUCCACUUCUUCCCUGAGGAGGAGCAGCGGGGACCCGAGGAGCCCCAGAACCGCUGGCUGGAGAGGAUGAGGAGGACGUUUGAGGAACCCACGUCUUCGCUGGCAGCGCAGAUCCUCGCCUCAGUGUCAGUCCUGUUCGUGGUCAUCUCUAUGGUGAUGCUCUGUGCCAGCACCUUACCGGACUGGAAGACUACCGAGACCCUGGACCAGCACAGGAUCAUCGAGGCAGUCUGUAUUGGUUGGUUCACAGCAGAAUGUGUUGUCCGUUUCCUUGUGUCUCGGGAUAAAUGUGAAUUUGUCCGUCGUCCUCUGAACAUAAUUGACCUGCUGGCCAUCACACCCUACUAUGUCUCUGUCACCGUGACGACCCUGACGGGGGAGAACUCGCAGCUGCAGCGGGCAGGUGUCACGCUGCGCGUUCUGCGCAUUAUGCGUAUAUUUUGGGUGAUCAAACUAGCCCGUCACUUCCUGGGCUUGCAGACGCUUGGCCUGACCCUGCGGCGCUGCUACCGUGAAAUGAUGAUGCUGCUGAUCUUCAUCUGUGUUGCCAUGGCCAUCUUCAGUGCCCUGGCCCAGCUGUUGGAGCACGGCCUUGACCUGGAGGCCGGAAACCAGGACUACGCUAGCAUUCCUGCUGCCUGCUGGUGGGUCAUCAUCUCCAUGACAACAGUGGGGUAUGGAGACAUGUACCCGGUGACGAUAGCGGGCCGUGUGCUCGGUGGCCUCUGUGUGGUGAGCGGCAUCGUGCUGCUGGCGCUGCCUAUCACCUUCAUCUACCACAGCUUUGUCCAGUGCUAUCAUGAGCUCAAGGUGCGCUCUGCCCGCUGUGCCCACAGCCUGUCUGCUGAGUUCAUCAACUGACUAAUUGACUAGCAAUGCUGCUGCUGAGGCAGAUACAACAACACCAAAGUCCAGCACUGCUGCCACCUCCACCCAGGCAUAUGAUAAUCCAGACAUGGAUGUCUUAGAACCACCAAAAACUAAAAAUGUCACUUCAGGCCCCACAAAACAUUUUACAAUUUUACCACAAGUCACAACUGAAGAGCUGCCUCAUCUGUUCAAUUUAGGUUUGGUUGCAUGAAGGCUUGUUUCAUGUUUUUCAUCUUCAUUAUAUCCACCAGUUAGUAAUGCUUUAGGUCCACCACUUCUUAGUCCUUUUCUCUGAGGUCACAGGACUGUCUAUUCUGACAGAAGUUACUGUGUAAACAGAAGUAGUAUGUUUUCACUCAUUCAAGUUUCUCCCUGACAGCUGUGAUCCCUUUAAUACAUACAAAGAAGGUAAACUGAAGUGAAUAUAUAUGUGUGUAUGUAUAUAUAUAUAUAUAUAUAUAUAUAUAUAUAUAUAUAUAUAUAUAUGGAGAGAGAGAGAGAGAGACAGAGAGAUAUUGAGAUCAAACAUUUUAAGUACUCAGUAUUCAAAAACUCUAUUACGAUUAUAAAAAUGGUUGUUUUCACCAAAUAUCUGAACAUGUUGGAGAGUGAAAAACUUUUCAACUUCAUGUUCAUACUUGAGUUAACAAUGAUAAAAACCUUUUCAUGGUUUUCCAACACAGGUGUGUGUCCUGGUGUUUCUGCAAACCCCCCAAAUAUGACCUUCACCUUUCAAAAAAACAUCUGUUCAGAAAUGUUGUGUAAGAUUUGCCCUCCCCGUCUGAUGUUUUAUGGGGCACAGUGUAUAGAUCUGUCUUGCUGUCGCCAUUUUUAUUUCCAAACUAAUGCCAACUACAGUAACACAAAGAUGGUAAGAGGAAGGUACAUGCAAAGUAAAUUUCUCUUUUGUUGGCUGCAACAACUACAUCUUUUGAUAGUGACGAGACCCAUUGGAUUCACUUAAUCCACACACACGAU